AAUCUUUAUCGAAGAUGCCUCCAGUUGCUGGAAAGAAAGCCGAAAAGAAGGCAGGCAAGAAAGCCGGACGUCCUGCCGGUGAUGGUAAGAAACGCAGGAAGAAAAGGAAGGAAUCUUACUCCAUCUACAUCUACAAGGUCCUGAAGCAGGUGCACCCCGACACCGGAAUCAGCUCCAAGGGAAUGUCUAUCAUGAACUCGUUCGUGAACGACAUCUUCGAGAGGAUCGCUGGAGAGGCUUCUCGCCUAGGACACUACAACAAGCGUAAGACCAUCUCUUCCAGAGAGGUCCAGACCGCUGUCCGUCUCCUCCUCCCCGGUGAAUUGGCCAAGCAUGCUGUCUCCGAAGGCACCAAGGCCGUCACCAAAUACACUUCAUCUUCUACCAAGUAAGAUGGAUGUACUCCUUGGGA